AUGACUCAACUGCCGAAAUAUACCGACGAGCAGCUUGAGACAUACCUCAGCCGGAUCUCAUACCCUAGCAGCGAGGCCAGCGCCUCGUUGGUUCAAAGUGUCCGUCAAAAUGUUGCAAAAGAUGCACUUGGCACAUUAUUCGAGCUGCACAGGAGACAUCUUAGUUCGAUCCCGUGGGGAAAUUCGGGCCUGCACUACUCGCAGCACCACACCAUAUCUCUAAAUCCAGAGACUUUGUUCGAAAAGAUGGUUGAGCGACGUUUGGAUGGAUAUUGCAUGGAGAACACAGGGUUAUUUCACAGUAUACUGCGAUCCCUGGGAUACGUUGUAUAUGCCAUUGGCGCCAGAAUUGGCCAGGCUGUGGGUACGGGGGUGGAAAAUGGAUUGUUUUCACAAUUGAGCCAUAUGGCUUUGAUUGUUGUCAUUGAUGAGGUGAAAUAUAUGGUUGAUGUUGGAUUCGGUGCCUACAACGCUACAGCGCCUUUGCUUCUAAAGGAGGGCCUCGUUGCUACACGUAUCGCACCGUCGGAAAUGCGUUUAAUCAAGGACAGCCUGGUUGAAGCUACAGACAAGAGUCAGAAGUUUUGGAUCUACCAAACUAGACACAACCCCGAAAGCACUUGGCUGUCCAUGAUAUGCUUUGCGGACAUGGAGCUCCUGCCGCAAGAUUUCGAACUCAUGAAUUUUGGCGUUAGUCAGAGGCGGGCUAGCUGGUUUACUCAAAGAUUUGUCUGCACGCGGAUGAUCCUUGAUUCGACAGGGCAAGAGAUCAUCGGACAGUGCAGUCUGGCCGGGAAGGACGUCAAGAGAAGGAUGCAUGGGCAAACAGAGGUUCUGCAGACUAUUGAAAGCGAGCAUGACCGGGUCAAGGCCUUGGCGCAGUAUUUCGAUAUGCACCUUCGUGACAGUGAAAUCCGAGGGAUUCGGGGAUUGGCUUCGCAGAUCCAAUAG